GGGCCCGGCCGGCAUCGCGGCGGGCGGCAUCGCGGCCAUGGCCAAGGAGCGGCGCAGGGCGGUCCUGGAGCUGCUGCAGCGACCCGGGAACGCGCGAUGCGCCGACUGCGGCGCCCCGGAUCCUGAUUGGGCUUCCUACACCCUGGGGGUGUUCAUCUGUCUCAGCUGCUCCGGAAUCCACCGGAAUAUCCCCCAGGUCAGCAAGGUGAAGUCUGUCUGCCUGGAUGCCUGGGAGGAGGCCCAAGUGGAGUUCAUGGCCUCCCACGGGAAUGACGUUGCGAGGGACACAUACGAGUCCAAAGUGCCUCCCUUCUACUACCGGCCCACGUUUUCCGACUGUCAACUCCUGCGGGAGCAGUGGAUCCGGGCCAAGUACGAACGGCAGGAGUUCACACACCCCGACAAGCAGGAGCCCUACUCCGCAGGGUACCGAGAAGGCUUUCUCUGGAAGCGCGGCCGGGACAACGGGCAGUUUUUAAGCAGGAAGUUUGUGCUGACGGAACGAGAAGGUUCCCUGAAGUAUUUCAACAGAAACGAUGCCAAGGAGCCCAAGGCCGUCAUGAAGAUCGAGCAUCUGAACGCCACCUUCCAGCCAGCCAAGAUUGGCCACCCCCACGGCCUGCAGGUCACCUACCUGAAGGACAACAGCACCCGCAACAUCUUUGUCUACCAUGAAGACGGGAAGGAGAUCGUGGACUGGUUCAAUGCGCUCCGUGCAGCCCGCUUCCACUACCUGCAGGUGGCGUUCCCGGGGGCCAGUGACGCCGAUCUGGUGCCCAAGCUGUCCCGGAACUACCUGAAGGAAGGCUACAUGGAGAAAACCGGGCCCAAGCAGACGGAAGGCUUCCGGAAGCGCUGGUUCACCAUGGAUGACCGGAGGCUCAUGUACUUCAAAGAUCCCCUGGAUGCCUUCGCUCGUGGGGAAGUCUUCAUCGGCAGCAGAGAGAGCGGCUACACGGUGCUGGACGGGCUCCCACCGUCCACCCAGGGCCAUCACUGGCCACACGGCAUCACCAUCGUCACGCCGGAACGGAGGUUCCUGCUGGCCUGCGAGACAGAGACGGAGCAGCGGGCCUGGGUGGAGGCUUUUCGGAAGGUGGUGGACAGGCCCAUGCUACCCCAGGAGUACGCAGUGGAAGCCCACUUCAAGCAUAAACCCUAACAAGAGGUGGUUCUGGAGGCCCGAGGGAGCCGGACUCGCUGGAAGUGUCCAUCGAGGAGGCAGCGGCCAGCCUGGAGGGCCGGCAGAUGGAGGAACCGGCGUCCGGGCCCUGCGCUAAGGGGCAGCCCCACACACGGCCAGGUGGGGCCUGAGCUUUAGCCACUAGGACCUGUUUCUCGGGACACUCGCUGCAGGCCACCGGCCUCUGACCCCACCGUGCUGCCGUCCCCGCCCCCUCCUUGCCCACUGGAUCACCCUUCCUGAGGCCCGGGCCUGGCUCCGGGCAGCCCGGCAGCCCCUCACCGACUCCCCUGCCACCUGCCCACCUGAGCGGGACCCUGCCCGAGUGGGAGGCCGGGCUAUGGGGACAGCGGGCGGCCUGCAUGCCUCCCCUCCUCCAAGUCCCCUUCAACAAGUAUUUAUUGAGCACCUGCUGUGUGUCAGUCGUGGGGUCCUGGGUGCUAGCAUGGGUGCUAGCAGCUGACCUGGCACGUGCAUGAGGGUCCUGGGCUCAGAGGUACCCCUUGAGCUGUGGCUCCCACGUGCCAUGGCCUCAGGACUGCCUGCCGGCUGGGCCCCACGUGCCUGGAUCGGGAGGGAGAAUGGAGGGUCAGCUCCUGUCUGCUGCCCCGCUCCACUGGCCUGACCUUGUGGCCACCGAGCCCUUGGAAGAUAGAAGCCCAGAGUGGCCCCCACAGGACCCAGCAUGCUGCUGGCCAGCCAGUACUUACAGCCACUGAGCCUCCUCCCCAGGUGCCCCUGGCUCUGUCCACCCUUGGGGGGUUGGGGGGGAACAGUGUGUUUAGAUGGGGGGUACCUGCCGGGUGAUCUGGGUGGCCCCCCAGCCCCCUUCCCAUCCCCUAAGGCAGCCCUAGAUUGGUCCUUGGGAAGACCAGGAAGGUGUCCCCAAGGCAGGUCCUAUCCUGAAGUGAGGGGCCUCUUGUGUAUGUCACAGGCUGGGGUGGGGGCUCUGGGUCCCCAGGAGGACCUAGCUGCUGGCCUCAGAGAUAUGCCAGGAAGUGGGGACACCCCUAGGAGAAGGGUACCCGACUCCCUGCUAUACCUGAGCACAGGGCUCCCCUGCUCAGACUCAUGUAAACCUGGACUGGGGCGGGGCAGCUGCAAGUCAAGAGAGGAACACGAGCUCCCCAUCACCCCCAUCUCAGCCCUGACUCUGCCAAGCAAAGGCUGACAGCUGGGCCGGGGGUGUGAGGACUGUCACGGGGUCACCCAGGGCCCCAGCCCAAGUCCUUGAGGCCCCACCCCCUCCAAGCAGGUGCCUCCUCCCCAGCCAAGACAGACACUACCACCCACAAUCGCUGGUCUGUCUUACCCUCUUCUAGUCAAGUAAAUUCAAGCCUCAGAGGCAGGAGGUCUCAUUCUGGGUGGAACCUGAAGGUCCCCCUGGAGCACCGGUCCCCGUGGGGAGCAGCCCUAGUCACAAGUUCUCGGGGAUUGGUUUUCUAGACCCUCUCUACCCAGACACAAGGGUGCUGUGCCCAAGACACUAACAUUUUAAAAAGAAACAUUUUAGCACUGGCGGAAGAAUUUCUCUACGGUGGAAGCUCACGGCUCAGCAAGGGUGGUUACUGUGCUUACCUCACACACCUCGGCGUGGCGGGCUGCUUGUGCUUCUGGGGUCCGUCUCCCUUGUGCUCUGCAGUGGAGACGUGGGGAACACACGCCCGCCCGGCUACAAAGGGAUGCUGUGGUUCCAGAAAGUGACAGCACCAUUCACAACUGCAUGAAACGCGGCAGGGCUCACAGGGAAAGCGGGGUCGGGUGCACGGCCUCAGAGUUGUCCCCCCGGGAGGGAGGUGUCCACAUGCUGAGGGUCAGGACAGACGCCACUACCACUACUAAAGGAGUGGGGCGGGACACCAGGUGUGCAUGGGUAUGUGGUCUGUGUUCAUCUACAGAGUUUGGGCAAAAUCACACAUAAAAACCUGCGUUUUGUUCCAACUUCCCUCCCGCUGACUGCGCUGGACGCAUUCUGUGGUUUCAGAACAAGCAUCACAGCACAAGCCGGCUGUCCGUCGCCCCAGGGCCUGCCCCUUGCAGGGACUCCCUCCAACACUACCCUCUCCUGAGAGGUUCUCUGGGCAGUUUGUGGGGGGGCUCAGCACUCUCCUUCCCCCACCCCAUGGCCUGGGUGCAGAACCUGCCACAGUGCAGGAACCCACUGGAUUUGGUUUCUCACAUGCAAAUAAGCCACCGCUGUGUAGUUACAUGCAGAUCACGAGACUGUCCCGACACUGGCCGUGUGUGGCUGUUCACAGCACCCACUGUGGGCACGGUCUGCACAGACUCGGCCACCACUGGCCUCGGCACCCGCUCCCGCCCACCGGACCCAGGAGCUCACUCAGAAAGGACGAGCGCUGCAAAGCCCAGUAUAAAGGAUUUAUUUAAACUCAACAAGUAACACAAACCUUCCUUUAAAUUCCAUUUACAGUCAAUAAAAGUGUGUAUCUCACUCCUUCCCAUGCAUGAUCACUGUGUAUUAAUCUACAACUCUUAUUUUAAUUGUGAAAAAAUAAAGUGUUUCCCCUCUUGUCA